GAUGAAUGAGCAGUGCAGCUAGUUGACAACAGUCUAAGGUUGUCACCAGUGUGUGUAUGUGCUCGCAGAGGGAGAGUUCCCAAGUGGUGGGCAGGACUGUACAGUAACCAUUCCCAGUGAGGAGCAGUGGUGGGAGUGGAUCCCAGCUCAGAGCGGACUGGACCACUGGAGGAAACACUCAUCCAGUCGCUCGAGUUAGCUGGCUAACUUGCUGCUAGCUAAUCUAACGCUUCUAAAAUGUCUACUUUCUGCGCUUUGCAAACUGAACGGGAUGGUUGCAGGGUCGAAGGGUUGUGCCAUGACAUUUGCUGUUGAUGUUCCCGAGGCUUGAGUUAUGCUCUCACGAAAGAAAAGUAAAAACGAAGCGUCGAAACCAGCCGAGGUACACGGGAAAUAUGUGAAGAAGGAAACGUCGCCGCUCCUGAGAAAUCUUAUGCCCUCUUUCAUCCGUCAUGGACCCACUAUACCCAGACGCACAGAGGUCCCUCUGCCAGAUAUGGGGCCCUCUGCCUACCCUGUGGCACCCACCCGGGAGCCCGUGGUGUCCCGCAACAAGAGCUUUCUCCGCAACCCCGUGCAGAGGCCUCCUCACGAGGUGGCCCGCAGAGAGAGCCACCGCAUGUCAGCACCUCCAUACCUGCCCCGCAGCCUGGGAGACCUGCCUCAUGAGUACGGAGGCUCCUCACAGUCCUUCCUCACAGACGUGAGCCCCAUGUCGGAGAAUGGAGACGCUGCGCGGUAUUAUUACCCCUCUGAACCUUACUAUGACAACCAGCAGCACCAACAGCAGCAUCAGCAGCGCCAGCCCAGGAGGGUCCCGGACCGCUUUCCUGAGGACUAUAGAUAUUAUGAGCACAAUGAACACAACUUCCAAAGACUCCCACGACAACAUACUCCCCCAGCUCCCAGCAGACCUCCUUCAGGCAUAGGUCGAAUACAGGCCAAGUCCCUCGGGAACCUCUCCAGUCUAGGGGGAGAGGACCUCCCCCUUCCGGCCGGCUGGACCGUUGACUGGACCAUCCGUGGCAGGAAGUACUACAUCGACCACAACACAAACACUACACACUGGAGCCACCCUCUGGAGAGGGAAGGGCUCCCUCCAGGCUGGGAAAAGGUGGAGUCUGCAGAGUUUGGGGUUUACUAUGUGGAUCACAUCAACAAGAGGGCACAGUAUCGACACCCGUGUGCUCCGAGUGUGCCUCGCUAUGAUCAGCCUCCACCAUUACCGCCUCCUGUGACCUAUCAGCCACGUCCUGCAGAGAGGAACCAGCCGGUGCUGGUGCCAGCUAACCCGUACCACACAGCGGAGAUCCCAGACUGGCUGCAGGUGUACGCUCGCGCCCCGCUCAAGUAUGACCACAUCUUGAAGUGGGAGUUGUUCCAGCUGGCAGACUUGGACACGUAUCAGGGCAUGCUGAAGCUGCUCUUCAUGAAGGAGCUGGAACACAUCGUCAAAUCCUACGAGGCGUACCGGCAGGCGCUGCUGUCUGAGGUGGAGGCACGCAAGCAGCGGCAGCAGUGGUACGCCCAGCAGCCCAACAAGAACUUCAUUGGGAACAUGUGAUGUGUGUGUGCGCAGCGGGGACGUCUCAGUGCCACGCCUCUCUGAGGUUUCCACAGUUUGGGAGUGGUCAGGGUUUCCUUUGAAAUCAUGAUCGACUCUUAAUUGCCUCUUUACCAAACACAUCUGUGCCUUCGCUUGAUCCAAAUAUAUCAGCCAGGAUGUCGAGACUCACAUUGGCUGGGGCCCCCGUCCCCCCCAUGUGACACUCAAUUUAUGAAUGACCAUGUGACUGAAAAACACUCCAAUGAAGACGAGCCUAUAAUGUGCCACAUGUGGGGAGACUGCUUCUGGUGCCAUAUACAGCCGCUGCCCUGGGAACUGAAUCGCUGUAUGGAUUUCUGUUUUUAAGACUGAGGAGAACAGAGUCCGAGACACUGCGUAUAUUUGUUCCAAACCAUCCUGAGAUUGUGCCUUUAAAUACAAUAAAACGCAGCAUUUUUACGAUGUCUGCUUACGUCUCGUAUACACCAGUGACUCCGUCAUUUUUUUCCUGCGGGACAAAAUGACUGGCAGCUCCUUCUAAUUUGUUUCUAUAUGAAAUACUUCAUGAGUAUUUUUUCCUUUGCUUUGAAACCCUCGUAAACUGAAACCACACUCUUUUACAUUAAAGUGUGCAUUUCCCUUCC